AAAAUCCGUAACCAAAAAUGUAUAAAUUUGACAAAGGUAAUCAUCGAUUAUUUGUAAAAGGAUCACGUGAAGAUGAUGAUCCAGAUAAUAUUGCCGAUUCAAAUAAUGAUAAUCAUUUAAUUAAUGAUCAUACUAUUGAUCGACAACAUUAUGAUUUUGAUUCAAAAAAUCAUAUGGCUUCAGCAUCACAAGAAACACGAGAAUUAUUUCGUACAAGUAAUAAUCGUGCUGGUCUUAAAACGGUACAAACAAAACGUGUGGCUAAAAAAAUUACCACUGUUAAUCGUGGUGAACAAAGAAAAUUGCCAACAAUUUCUAUGAUUGAAGGAAAUAAAUUGAAAGAAAAAUUAAUGAAAUGGGCACAAAAAUCAACACGUGGUUAUCCAGGUGUAAAUGUUUGUGAUUUUACUAAUAGCUGGCGUGAUGGCCUUGCAUUCAAUGCCAUUAUACAUCGUAAUAGACCUGAUUUACUUGAUUAUCUAAAAUGUCGUGAACGAUCAAAUCGAGAUAAUCUACAAACUGCAUUUGAUGUUUUAUCAAAAAAUUUCGGUAUAAAUUGUUCACUUACACCGGAUGAAAUUGUUAGUGCCGAACCGAAUGAAGAUGAAAUGUUAAAAUAUUUGGAAGAAAUUUAUAAUCUUUUUCCUAAUCCACCGGAUCAUAAUCCACUUUAUGAUGCAGAGAAAAUUCGUCGUAUCGAUGAAUAUAAAGAUCUGGCAAGUCGUUUAUUAGUAUGGUUACGUGAAAAUAUUCCAAAAUUAAAUGAUAGAAAUUUCCCUAAUCAAUUAAGAGAAAUGAUUCAUUUAAAACGUGAAAAUGAUCAAUUUAAAUUGGAACAAAUACCACCAAAAUUACAUGAUAAACAAAAAUUAGCUAGUACAUAUGAAGAUGUUUUGAAUAUGGCACGUUCAUUACCCGGUCGUCAUGUUCGUAUUGAAGAUGAAUAUGAUAUAAGUAAUAUUGAAAGAUUAUGGAAAAAUAUGAUAACCGCACAUCAAAAACGUGAUCAUGAUAUAUUGGAAGAAAUUGGACGUUUAGAAAAAUUGGAAAAAAUUGCUGCCGACUUGAUUAAACAAAUACAAACAUGUGAAGAUAAUUUGGAAAUAAUUAAAAAACAAAUUGUUGAAGAAGAAAAACAAGUAUUAAAACAAGACCCGUUGAAACCAAAUUUUAAUAUUGAUAAUAUACAGAAAAAUCUGUUGGAAGAAGAACGUAGAAUUGCUAAUAUGUAUGAUGUUUUGAAAAUAUUAACCGAAAAUAAAUAUCAUGCAACAAAUUCAUUACGAAAUCAAGUUGAUUAUCUAUAUGAUAAAUGGAAAAAUUUAAAAUUAAAUUUCGAAAAUAAUGUUGUUAAAGUAUUGAAUGAUCGUAAAGAAGCUGCAUUGAGACGACCAAAAACCGAAGAAGAAUUGAUUAAUGAAAAUGAACAUUUUCGUUUUCUACAUGAUUGUAUACAGGAAAUAUUGAAAAAACGAAAAUAUCUUGAAAGUUUAAAUAUUGGUGAUGAUCUGAAUACAAUACAAAGACGUUUUGAACAAUUCCAGGAUGAACAAAAAGAAUUGAAACAAUUUCAAUUGAAAAUUGAUGAAUGCCAUAAUCGUAAAAUACAUAUUAAACGUGAAGAAAUGCCAAUCUAUAAUAAUAUGUUGGAUCGACUACGUACAGCAUAUGAUGAAACAACUGGUUUCGUACGACAAAGAAUCGAUCAUCUUCAAUCAUUAUUAGAUUUUGUUCGUUCGGCUGAAAAAGAAUUAUCUUGGAUUAAAAAUAAAGAAGAAAUUGAAAUUGCACGUGAUUGGUCAUUAAAAAAUCAUAAUAUUGAAGAAUUAUCUAAACAACAUUAUAAUCUAAUGAAAGAAGUUGAAUCACAUGAACGUGAAUUUAAUAAAGUACAAGAUAAAGGUGAUAGUUUAAUCAGGAAUCGACAUCCAAGUACAAAAUUAAUUGAAAAUCUUAUGGCUAAAAUGCAAUAUAAUUGGUCAUGGUUAUUACAAUUGAUUAAUUGUUUUGAACAACAUUUAAAAUAUACUGGGGAUUAUUAUAAUUUUAUGGAUGAUGUUAAUCAAUCAAGAAAAAUGAUCAAUUCGAUUGAAGAUAAAUUAAAUUCACAAUAUAGUCGUCAUCAUUUAACGAUUGAAGAAGGUGAAAAAAUGAUACAAGAAAUGAAUAUUUUGAAAGAAGAUAUUAGUAAAAUUGGUCAAACUAUUAAUGAUCUUGAAGAUAAAAGUUCAACAAUUGUAAAUUUGAAACAACGAAAAGCACCAUUACCAAAUCCAAUUAAAAUAAAAUCAUUAUGUAUGAUUAAACAUGAAAAAGGUACAAUAUCGAAAAAUGAAAUGGUUACAUUAUUGGAUAAUUCACAAAGAAAUAAAUGGAAAAUUGCUGCACCGAAUGCUGGUGAAUUAGCCAUACCAAGUGCAUGUUUUAUUGUACCACCACCAGAUCCAGAUAUAUUGGAUGAAUUAAAUGAAUUGAAAAAUAAAUUAGAUUUAUUGAUUGGUUUAUGGGCACAAAAACAACGUGAAUUACGUCAAAAUCAAGUUCUUGCUUCGUUGAAAGCCGUAAAAGAUAUUGAUUAUCCAACAUAUUGUUCAAUGGAUCCAAGACAAUUGGAUAAAAUUAUGCAUAGUCUUGAAGAUGAUAUAAAUAAAUUAGCACGUGAAGGACCACCAGAUGAUCCAAUGAUCCGACGGCUAUUGGAUGAAUUUGAUGAUAUUAAGAAAAAAUUUGCCGAUUUUGAAGCUAGACGUCGUCAAGAAGAAGAAGAUAAAAAGAAUCAGGCAAUGAUUCAAAAAUUUAUUGAUUCUGCUAAUGAUUUAUUGGAAAAAUUACAGGAAAAAGAACGUAUUUUAAUUCAACGUGCACAGAAUCAAAUUCCACGUGAAAUGUCUACAUUGAAAACAUUAAUCGAUGAACAUGAUGAAUUUGAACGUGAUUUAAAACAAUUUGAAUCACGUAUUAAUGAAUUAAAACAAGAAUAUACUAGAAUUCAUAGUAAAUCACAUGCUGCCGAAUCAAAAUAUGUUACUAUUAUUGAUACAUGGGAACGUGUUUGUAAAAUGUCUAAAGAUUAUAGUGAACGUUUGAAAGCUUUGCAAACAGUAUUGGAUGAUGUUGAACAAGCAAGAUUAACAUUGAAUGAAGUACAAUCAAGUUUAAUUUUACAUGAAGAAAUACCAGCCGAUGAAAUUGAUUUAAAUCAAAUGUGUAAUGAAUUACGUAAUCUACAUAAACAAACCAAUCAAUAUAAUGAUGCAUAUGAUCAUUUAUUAUCAAAUGUAACAAAAGUACGACGUUUAGUUGAACGAACCCGACCAAAACAAACAACACAUACCGAUUUAAAUCGUUUGGAAGAAGAUGUUAAAACAUUAUAUAAAAAAUGGAAAUCAGCAUCCACACAGAUUGUUGAACGAUUAUCAACACUUGAAUUAUGUAGUGAAUUAUUGAAAAAAUAUCGAUCAUUAAUGAAUGUAGAGAAAAAUUGGCUUACACAAACAACUGCACGUGUUAAUACAGUAUUAAAUCGUAGUGAUUUGGAUUAUGUUUCGAAACUUUAUGAAAGUAUUGUCGAAAGAAAAUCUGCAAUCGAUGAUACCAAUUCGGCUGGAAAUCGUUUUAUUCAUGAAGCCCGAUCAUUGAUGCAAAAAAUCAAAAUCUAUCAUGAUAGUUUGGAUGAUUAUAAUGUUGAAAUCAGUGCCAAACGACCAAGAAAAUAUGCUGGUGUUGAAAUUGUUGAACAAGAAUUAGAAUCAUUGAAUAAUGAUUAUAAAAAUCUUUUGGAUAAAGUAUUAUCAUAUUUAAAUCAAUUACAAGAUGAUGAAAGUCGUAUGCGUGAAUUUAAUUCCAUCGCUGACAAACUAAAAUAUUGGCUUGAUCAAAAAGAGAAAUUAAUUUCCGUACUUGGUCCAAUUGGUUCGGAACCAUAUGUUGUCAAUAGUCAACUAAGACAAAUUACAGUAAUGAAAGAUGAAUUUUCAUCACAAGAACACCUGUUGAAUAAAAUGGAUAAACUUGGCCAAUCGAUUUUGGAACGAAUGGAUCGUACUAAUCCAUAUUAUAGUGAAGUACAAAAUAAAAUGAAUGAUAUACAUAAAACAUGGAAACAAUUAUUGGCUAUUUUGGAAGAACGUGAAAAAAAUCUUUUACUUGUCAAUGAAGCAUCAACUGAUUUCCAGAAUAAAUUAUCAAAAUUACAGAAAAAUUUGGAUACAAUUUCCGAUGAAUUUGAUAAAAUUGUUAAUUCAAAUUUGGAAAAAGAUGAACAAUUAUUGAAGAUAACAAAUUUGGAAGAAAAUCUUGAAUCACAAAGACCAUUAUUGGCUGAAUGUAGUAAUGCUUGUAAUAAUCUUAUCAAUCUACUUACGGAUAAUGCAUCGAAAAAUGAAAUCAAAGAUAAAUUUAAAUAUGUUGAAGCAAAAUAUAAUGAUCUUUCAAGAAAAAUUAGCAAUAAAAAAGCUGAAUUACAAUCAACAAUUAAAGAAGAUCGUGAAUUUUUCAUGUCAUGUGAUCAACUAUUAGAAUGGCUUCGUAAUAUGUUGAAUACAUUAUCCAAAGAUAUAAAAGUAUCGGCAAUUUAUGAAAUUGUUUCGAAACAGAUUCAAGAUUUUGAACCAAUCUAUCAACAAGUACGAGAUAAAGAACAUGAAAUUCAUAUGGUUAUAAAUCGUGGUAAUAAUCUGUUGAGUCGUAGUUCAGCAUAUCGUGCUGAAACAUCAAAUUGGCGACAAACAUUAGACAAUAUAAAACGACAAUGGAAUUUGGUUGAAAAAGAAGCAUUGGAAAAAAAAUCUAAAUUACAUAAAUGUUUGGAUAUUUGUCGUGAAUUUAAUGCUAAUUAUAAUGAUUUGUAUCCACUGUUGGAACAAUAUGAUUCAAAAUUACAAAGCUUUAAAGAUGUACCAUUGAAUCGUCAAGAUUUAGAAAAUCGUUUGAAAGAUAUACAAUUUCUUAAAAGUGAUAUCAAUAAACGACAACGUGAUUUUGAUCAUAUACGACAAUUAGCUGAUCAAUUAAUAUCGAUUGCUGAUACGGAUAAAGAUCAUGUAAAAAAUCGUAUGAAUCAAUUGAAACAAUUAUGGGAUCGUGUUAAUUCAGAAGUUUUGAAACGUUCACAGAUUAUUGAUGCAAUUCUACAUAAAUUAAUUGCCUAUCAAAAUAGUAUGCGUGAUUUUAAUCAAGCAAUGCAACGUAUUGAAGAUAAAAUGGUAUCACAAAAUGCAUUUACCGAUCAAAAAUUAGUUGAUCGUAUGAAAAGUCUUUUGGAUGAAGCUAAAAGUCUUCGUCAUAAUUUGGAUCAAGUAAAAACAAAUGCACGUGAAUUGAUUAAUGAAAUUAAAAAUGAAAAAUCCGCUAGACAAAUUGAAAAUGAAGUACAUGAUGCUGAAGAACGUUAUCGUGCAUUAUUGGAUAAGCUGGAUAAAAAAUGUAAAAAUCUUGAUGCAUUAGCUAAUAAUGUUAAAACAUUUACAAUGAAAUUGACUGAAAUACAAAAUCAAUUAAAUCAAUUGGAACAACAAUUGAAUAAUAUGGCACCGAUUGCACGUCAUCCAGAUAUUCUUCAUCAACAAAUGGCUGAAAUAAAAGAUUUUCGUAAUGAUUUGGAUAAAGUACAACAAAAAUUAAAAGAAGCUGAACAAUUUUAUAAAAAUAUUACCGAUAAAGAUCCAUCAUUUGAUAAUAAUAUGUAUCGUUAUCAAUUGGAUAAUAUGAAUAGACAACAUGCACGAUUAGAUGAUGCUAGUCGUCAACGUAUGAAUAAUAUACAGAAUAUGAUUGAUAAAUUGAAAGGAUUUUAUGGUGAUUAUGAUGAUUUGGAUAAAAAUUUGAAUAAUGUAAGCAAACAAAUUGAUAAUUUGAAACCGAUUAGUCGUGAUGUUGAUGCUAUUCGUGCACAACAAAAUGAAUUUCGUAAUUUGAAUGCAAAUGUUAUCGAACCAUUAGCAAAACGUGUUGAUGAUUUACUUCGUAAAGCAAAUGGCUUGAUUCAAUCAGCAAUGCCAGGUGUCGAUACCAGUAAAUUAGAACAAGAUACCGAUAAAUUGAAUAGUAAAUGGAAUGAUUUAAAAGAAAAAAUUAAUGAUCGUGAACGAAAAUUAGAUUCUGCUAUAUUACAAGCAGGUCGAUUUCAAGAUGCAAUGGAUGCAUUUGAAAAAUGGCUUAAAGAUUCUGAAAAUAUGUUGGCCAAUCAAAAACCGCCAAGUUCAGAUUAUAAGGUGCUUAAAGCACAAAUACAAGAACAACAAUUUAUUAAUAAAAUGAUAAAUGAUCGUGAAAAUAGUUUAAAAUCAUUGCGGGAAAUGGGUUUGGAAUUUAUGCGAAAUUUAGAUCAUAAUGAAAAACAUCAUGUUGAAAAUCAACUGAAUGAUCUAACGAAACGUUUUAAUAUAUUGAAAAAUAAUUGUGAUAAACGUUUGGAUUUAUUGAAACAAAUUUUCCCAAUUGCCAAAGAUUUUAGCGAUAAAGCCGUUCCAUUACAAGAAUGGUUAAAUCAUACUGAACGUAAAUUAAGUCUUUUGAAACAUUCACCUAUCGAUCAGGAUAAUAUUAAAAGUAAAAUUGCUGAACAUCAAAUGUUACAUCAAGAUGUUCUUAAUCAUAAAAAUGAAUUUGAACGUUUGACUGAAAUUGCACAAAAUCUAAUCAGUCUUUUGACCGAUGAUGAAGCACAAAUAGUGGUGGAUAAAUCAAAAGAAUUAACCGAUCGUUAUGCUAGAUUGGUUGAAGAUAGUAUUGAUUUUGGUGAAAUUUUAGAUGAAUCAAGAAAAAUUUUGGAUAAUUUCCUUAGUAAUUUUGAUGAUCUAUUCAAUUGGAUUGAUCGAAUGGAACAACGUGUUAAUAAACAUAAAAAUUGUGCAAUUACUGUUGAAAAAAUACGUGAACAAUUGGAUGAUUUACAUGAUAUUCAACAUGAAAUUCAAUCAAAUGAACCCCGAAUUUAUGAAAUAUUUAAUGCAGCACAAUCAUUAAAUCGUGGUGAUUCAUUAAUGAUUAAACAAAAAACUGAUCAAUUACAAUUCCGAUUCAAUGAAUUGAAACGAAAAACAUCGGAAUAUAUGAAUAAUUUGAAAGAAGUAUUGCCGGUUGCACAAAAUUUUUACAAUUCACAUGAUAAAUUAAAUGCAUGGCUGGAUGUUGCUGAACGUAGUUUGAAAAAUUUAGAAUCACAAAGUUUAAAACAACAAGAAUCCACUAUACGUACAUUGGAAAAUCAAAUUAAUGAAAAUAAAUCAUUAUUGGAUACGAUCAAUAAUUUGGCACCACAAUUUUGUAAUUAUACAAGUGGUCAAGGAACAGCACAUAUUGAAGCAAUUGUUAUUAAAGAUAAUCGUCGUUUUAAUAAUGUUUGUGAUCAAAUUAAUCGACAAGUUGAUAAAAUUGAUUCAAUGAAACAACGUAAUGAUGAAAUUGUUAAUGAUAUUGAUGAAUUAUAUGAAUGGUUUAAAGAUGCUGAACGACAAUUGCUGGAAGCCGAAGGCAUUCCACAUGAACCGAAAAAAUUAACAAUACUUUUGAAAGAAACAAAAGCAUUAUAUGAUGAUAUAAAUAGCCAAAAAGGUAGAGUUCGGGAUGUAUUGGCUAAUGUUAAAAAAUUAAUACGUAAUAAUAAUACUGAAGAUAUGAUUCAUAUCCGAGAAAAAUCAGAAGAAUUAAAAGAUUUAGCUAAUCAUGUUUCACAAUUGUGUUUGGAUCGUUUGAAUUUAUUGGAACAAGCAUUACCAUUGGCUGAACAUUUUUUCGAAGCUUAUAAUGAAUUAAAUCAAUGGCUUGAUGAAACUGAAAAUGAAGCACAAAUGUUAGGCGGUGCAAUCAAUCAAAUACGUAUUAAACAACAACAAGAAAUUAUUAAUCAUUUAAAUCGUUCGAUUAAUGAACAUAAACCAGUGUUGGAAAAAAUGAAUAAAACUGGUCAAUCAUUGAUUAAUAUUGUACAAGAACGUGAUGGUAAACAAGUAAAAAGAUAUAUGGAUGAUAUUAAUGAUCGUUUUAAUAAUCUUAAAAUUAAAUUACGUGAUCAACAAUUAAUUUUGGAUUCAGCGCUGCAAGAAACAUCACAAUUUACCGAUAAAUUAGAUGGCCUUCUACGAACAUUAAUGGAUUUAUUGGAACAAUUGAAAAAUGCUGAUCCAAUUUCAGCACAUCCAGAAAGAAUCCAGGAACAAAUUUAUGAUAAUGAUUCGAUUAUUGAUGAAUUAAAUCGAAGAAAAAUGGCUUAUGAAACUAUUUCCAAUGUUGCUAAUGAUUUGAUUAAUAAAGCUGGUAGAGGUGAUGAUUCUGUUCGUGAUAUUGUGAAUCAACAUAACAAACUUAAAGAUUGUUGGAAUCAAUGUAAUACACUUUCACAGAAUCGUAAACAUUCGUUGGAUGAAGCAUUGAAAAUUGCUACACAAUUCUGGAAUCAAUUGAAUGAUGCAAUGAAAACAUUGAAAAAUAUUGAAAAAACAAUUGUAUCGGAAGAACAACCAGCUUGUGAACCGAAUGCUGUUUAUAGACAACAAGAAUUAUUGAAAGAAAUCAAACAAGAUUUGGAUAAUGCACGAACCAAAGUUGAUGAUUGUAAAAUGACUGGAAGAAAUCUGAUAAAAAUUGUUGGUGAAAGUGAUAAAUAUGAAGUGAAGAAAAAUAUUGAUGAAUUGGAAAAUUAUUGGAAUAAUAUUGCCAAUCUGUUUAGUCAACGAGAAAAAGAUUUGAAAAAUGCAAUGGAAAAAGCAAUGAAAUUUCAUGAAGCACUGCAGAAUUUGCUGGAAUUUUUGGACAAUGCUGAAGAUACGUUCAAUAAUUUUGGUCCGGUUGCUUCGGAUUUGAAUAUUGUUAAAAAACAGGUUCAAGAAUUGACAAAUUUUAAAAAACAUGUUGAUUCACAUGUACCUGAUAUUGAAAAUUUUAAUCGAUUAGCAAAUGAAUUACUUGAAUGUGUACCAUCAUCACAAGCAAAAAGUAUUCGUGAACCAAUGAACGAAGUAAAUCAUCGUUGGGAUGAUCUUUCAAAAGCUAUUGCUAAUCGACAAGCUGAAUUAGAAAAUGCAUUACUAAAAUUAGGACAAUUUGAACAAUCAUUGAAUGAUUUCCUAGAAUGGAUGGCCAGAACUGAAAGAACACUUGAUGAAAUUAAACCAACAUUUAGUGAUCCACAAGUAUUGGAAAUUGAAUUGUCGAAAUUUAAAGUAUUAGAAAAUGAUAUUUAUGCACAUCAAAGUACAGUGGAUACAUUGAAUUCAGCUGGUAAAAUGUUAAUCGAUAAUGAACGUGGAACGGAAAAUGCACGUGCAACACAGAAUAAAUUGAAUAAAUUAAAUUCAAGAUGGCAACAAUUAUUGGAUAAAACUGAACAACGUAAACGUGAAUUAGAAGAAUUAUUAAAAGAAGCAAAUAGUUUUAAUCAAGAAUUAUUGGAUAUGAUUUCAUGGAUCAAUGAUAUGGAUAAUGAAUUAAGUGUAUCGAAACCUGUUGGUGGUUUACCUGAAACAGCACGUGAACAAUUGAAUCGUUUUAUGGAAAUUUAUCAGGAAAUUGAUUCAAAUCGUUUUAGAAUUGAUUCAUUGAUUGAUCGUGGUAAUGAAUAUAUUAAACGAUCAAAAGAAGCACCUACAUUACAGCAUAAUGUUAAAACAUUGAAAACUAAAUGGGAAAAUUUAUUGGCCAAAGCAAAUGAUAAAAAAAUUAAAUUAGAAAUUGCAUUAGCUGAAGCUAUUGAUUUUCAUGAUUCAUUUAAUAAAUUUGUUGAAUGGUUAACUGAAGCGGAAAAAUAUUUGAAUAAUCUUCAACCGGUUAGUCGUGUUAUUGAACGGAUUACCAAACAAAUUGAAGAACAUAAAAAUUUUCAAAAAGAUCUUGGAAAUCAUCGUGAAACAAUGAUGGAAUUGGAUAAAAAAGGAACACAUUUGAAAUAUUUCAGUCAAAAACAGGAUGUUAUUUUGAUUAAAAAUCUUUUGGUUAAUGUACAACAUCGUUGGGAAAAAGUAUUAGCUAAAACAGCUGAACGUUCAAGAAAUUUGGAUUAUGGUUUCCGUGAAACAAAAGAAUUUUAUGAUGCAUGGAAUGAUUUAAUGAAUUGGUUGAAUGAUUUGGAAAAGAAUUUUGAUUCAAUACAACAAAUAAGUAAUAAUUCGGAUAUUAUUCGACAAAUGAUUCAAAAACAUCGUGAAUUUCAACGACAAUUAGGUUCAAAACAUUCACAAUAUGAUGCAACGCUUAAGAUGGGUAAAAAUUUGAAAGAAAAAGCACCGAAAAUUGAUGUACCAGUUAUACAGAAUAUGAUUGAUGAACUUAAGAAUAAAUGGAAUUCUAUCUGUAACAAAUCAGUUGAUCGACAACGUAAAUUGGAAGAAGCUUUAUUAUUUUCUGGACAAUUUAAAGAUGCUAUUGAUGCUUUAUUGGAUUGGUUGGAUAAAGCUCGUGAACAAUUGCUUGGUAAUUUAUCUGUUUAUGGUGAUUUGGAUACAGUUACUGCAUUGGUUGAACAGCAUAAAAUUUUCCUUGAAGAAUUUAGACGUCGUGAAAAGAAUCUUCAAUCGGUACAUAGAAUUUCGGAUGAACUGAGAAAAUCUUCACCAAAUGAUGAUUCGUAUAAUAUUCAGGCUGAAAUUACUGUCAUUGAUGAAAAAUGGAAAGAAGUUGAACAAUUAAGUCGUGAACGAUCGAUUGAAUUGGAUAAAGCAAUGAUUGAAGCUGAAAAACUUCAUAAAGCAGUUAAUAUAUUGCUUGAAUGGCUUUCAGAUGCUGAAAUGAAACUUAGAUUUUCUGGACCAAUGCCUGAAGAUGAAAAUGCUACACAGGUACAAAUUUCCGAACAUAAAGUAUUUUUGGAAGAAAUGUUAAUACAAGAGAAAAAUAAAGAAUCAACAGUAAAAAUUGCUCAAGAUAUUUUGAAUAAAUGUCAUCCAGAAGCUAUAACUGUGAUCAAACAUUGGAUAACAAUUAUUCAAUCAAGAUGGGAAGAAGUUAAUUCAUGGGCUAAACAACGUGAACAACGUUUAUAUGAUCAUCUUGAAUCAUUGUUAAACAUUAUGGAUUCAUUGGAAAAAGCAUUAGCUUGGCUGAUCGGUUCAGAAGCUGCUUUAUUAGCUGCUGAAACACAACCAUUACCUGAUGAUAAUAUUGAAUUGGAUAAAUUGAUUGAUGAACAUGAUCGAUUUUUGGAUGAAUUGGAAAAGAAAGGUUUGGAUGUUGAUAAAAUUGCCAAAACAUUUGCUAUCAAAAAACAAGCUAUAGCUGGAUUAAAAACUAUUGAUCGUAAACGUGGCCAAGGACCACGAUCAUCUACACCGAUAAAAAUUCCUUCCAAUGAUUUUGGUUAUGAUGUUAAACAACCUAAAGUUAAAGAGCUACUUGAAAAAUGGAGCAAAGUAAAUAAAUUAUCACAAGAUCGAAAGAAAAGAUUAAAUGAUAAACUUGAUUAUAACAACGAAAUGGAACGUAUUAAAAAUUUUGAAUUUGAUGAUUGGCGACGAUCAUUUUUAGGUUGGAUGAGUGAUAAAAAAGCAAGAAUUAGUGAUUUUUUCAAAAAAAUUGAUUCAAACAAUGAUGGCCGUGUAACGAAAUCAGAAUUUAUUGACGGAUUUGUUAAAUCAAAAUUUUCGACAAGUCGAUUAGAAAUGGAAAAAGUUGCCGAAAUUUUUGAUCGAAAUAAUGAUGGUUAUGUUGAUUCAAAAGAAUUUAAUGAUACACUUCGACCUGAACGUGAUUUACCAAAAACCGAAUCGGAAAUUAUUCAAGAUGAAGUACAAAAACAAGUUGACAAAUGUUCUUGUAUGGAUAAAUAUAAAGUAUCACAAGUUGGCGAAUGCAAAUAUCGAUUUGGUGAAUCCCAAAAAUUACGACUUGUCCGUAUUCUACGUAGUACGGUUAUGGUACGUGUUGGUGGUGGUUGGAUUUCUUUGGAUGAUUUUCUUAAAAAAUAUGAUCCAUGCCGAGUCAAAGGUCGAACCAACAUUGAAUUACGUGAACAAUUGGCAGCUGAUUUUGACACAAAAAAUAAAUCAUUAUACAAUGAUGAUGGAACUAUUUCAUCGGUUGGACCAAUUACCAAAAUUAAAGAAAAAACUGAUCGAAGUCUUCCUAUGAAUUCACAGGAUCAAGUUCGAUUCAAUUCAACAAUCACUAGUGAUUAUAGUUUUAGUGAUCAUGCUGAUAGUUCUGGAGCAAAAUCUCGUCCACGAAGUCGAUUAACAAUUUCUUCGAAUAGCCGACCAGGAAGUCGUCAUUCAAGUCAACCACCAAGCCGUGCUGGUAGUGAUCUAUCAAUCGAUAGUUUAGAUAUCAGUAAUCCUAAAACAACAGGUACCACUACUACAUACAAGUAUUCGGUAAAAACUACUCGAAAACCAAAUUCCCGUCAAGGAUCAUAUACUAAUCUUCGAGAUUUUCGAUUUAAAUGAAAAUUUUAUUAAAAUACACAAUUUACAAUAAACUCGAACACUCAAAAAAAAGACAAAAUACAAAAACAAAAUUAUUAUUAUUAUUUUAUUCGUGAUACUUUUAAUCUAAAAACAAAACAAAAAAAUUCGAUGUGCCGUAAAAAAACCCUUCAUGUAAAUAACAAGUUGCUGGAAAAAAAAUAAAUAUGAAUAUUUUAACUAACCGAA